AUGAGUAAAACUGGUCACAAUCUAUGGAAAUAUUCCGGUAAAAUGCUUAUGGUUAUUGAUAAACGACUUGGUUUAUCAAAAAUGACUCAAACCUAUAAGGGAAAUAUUCCAGACGAUGAUGAAUAUAAAGAAAUAGAUCAAUAUUUAUGUCAGUUAAAUGAUUCAACAAGAAAAGUUGAAAUAUUAAUGUCGACAUAUAUUAAUAUACGUCUUCUACUCGAUGAAAAAUAUGAGCCACAAUUUGUUAAAGAAAAUAGUCGAGCAGUUCUUUCAAUGCUCUCGGAAACUUUUAAUGAUUUUAAAGAAAAUAUCAAUCAAAUUGAAGAUGAAAGCAAUUUAAAACUAAUCACUUUGAUUGCAUGGAUAAAAUACUAUCUUCAGUAUUAUGCAUAUACUUUGAAACUUGAUAUUAAUCAUGACACAAUAAAUGAGAUCAAUGAUUUUCUAAAUCAUAAUACUUCUGCCUUUUGUCUCACAAUGAAACUAUUUAUUAUCAAACAACUGUGCCACUAUCAUCAAGUUACACUAUAUGAUUUAUAUAAAUGUAAUAAUAGAUUAGCUGAUAAGAUUCUUUCAUCUUUUCAAUCGUCAUCUGAUCAACAAGCAUCCAGUGCUCAAUCUCGUAUGAUUCCACCCACGCCUCUAUAUGAAUGUCAUGAUAAAUUUAUCAAUAUUAAUCGUAAAAUAGGAGCAAAUAUUGAUAAAGAUGAACUAGAAAAAUUAAUACAAGAAUGUUCUACAAAUCAUGAAUUAACUCCAGAAAAAGCUGAACAAUUAGAAAAAUUAAUUGAGGAUAAAUUAAUUCUUGUUCACGCGAAUUCUGUUAUCAGUGAUAUUCGAGAAUACAAAAUACUUUAUGCUGAUUUUGUUUAUGGAAAUAAUAAAGAACAAAUGUUGGAAGUCUAUAAUAAAUUCCUAGAUGCUUGGUAUGCAAUUGAUUUAAACGAAGUUAAUUUUGAUAAUAAAAAACACGAAUUUCAACGUUCUUUGCCGAAGCAUAAUUUUGCAAAUAGAACAAACAUAUCGAUAUUUCUAUUGAAUAAAUCAAACUAUGGUGAAGGUCGAUUGUCAGUUGCUUGUUUGCAAACACUUGGCAAUUUGCAAAAUGAUAUUGUCGACUAUUUUCAUUCUCAUGUUGUUAAUUCUACAAAUAAACAUGACAAAUAUUACUAUCGCACUAUUCCAAUACAAGACAUACAAGAAAAACAUUUAUUUCGUUUUGACUCACAUGAAAUACGAAAAUUAUUAAUUGAUAAGGGAAUCACAAUUAAUUAUACAUAUGGAAUGAGUCAAGACAUUAUUUAUGAUUAUGACGAAGUCGAAUGGGAAUUCAGAACUGAGGCAAGUCGUUUACCAUUCAUUGAAACAAAAAAUAUACGUUUUUUUAAUUAUCAAUUUGAAUUAUAUGACGAUAAUAUAUCAUUAAUCAGUGAUAUACGUUCACGUUUGGAACAAAAAUUAUUCAAUGACAACGAACGAAUAAAAUUUAAAAGUCUUCUUGAUAAUAUGGAAAAUGAUUCUCUUCAUCAGUUAGCCGGUUCACUUGAACAUAUUUUAACAUAUAUGCGCACUGUCAAUAAUAAAAAUAUCAUAGAAAAUGCUACGAUUCAAACAUUUAUUGAUAAACAUGUUCAUUCCAAAGCGUGCGUAGACAACAAAGAAUUGACAAAAGGAUCCUUCUCUUCUAUUGAUCUCAGAAAUAUUAUUGAUUUCUAUGAACUUGUAGAGGAAUGCUGCGAAGUUCAUCUAGUUUGUACAGGCCGCUUUGCAACAGGUUGUGUACCACCAAGACAAUUCGUCGCUGGAGAGUCUGAAUCUGAACGAAAGAAACGUGUUGUUGUUUCAUAUAAUGGCGAUGAUCCAGACGAAAAAAUUACUUCCAUUCGACUAGAUGCCCAUUGA